AUGGUCAAAUGGGGCCAGCUAUUUGGGUCGUCGCGCGAAAGGGAUUCACCACAUCUUCGAGAUGAAAUGCGAAGGCUUUUACCGGCCCAUAGUAGUGACCUCUCACCCUCCGCAUUUCCAGCCAAAGAGGUGACCAAGGUUGCUCUCCGCCUCAAGUACCAGAUUGAAGAAGUCAUCCCGAUCGAGCUUCCCGAGGAAAAAAUCACUGCCGCUAACAGUGGGAUUAUCACGAAGCAGGUGGUCAAGACUGCCAAAGAAGCUGGAGGUACCGAAUAUGCCGCCGCCGUGGUCUACUGUCUCCUCGUCUGCAAGCGCUGGUUCAAGAGACAAGCAUUCCUAGAACUAUGGGAUGCCGACUUACACAACGUCCGCGCGGUGGCCUGUGAGAUCAUUGCAAAACGAAUCAUCGAGGGUGAGGAGAACACCGAGUAUCUUCUGAAAGAGGUGCUACUGCAGCGAUACUCGGUCUGGCGUGAUGGCGAAGAGACAUCUUCUGCCAACGUGAUUGAGCGUGCGGUUGAUCUGCAUGCUCUGACUGUUAUUGGAUCCUCGGGCUAUCAGAAAUGUAUCAAAUACCUGUGGCGUGGCUGGAUACACCAGGAUGACAAAAAUGCUGGUAAUUUCGUCUUCUACAGUGAGCGCGACAACAUUAGCUAUUGGGCUCACUUGAACCCCGAUAGAAUGCGCUGUCCACUCUAUCAGAAUACAGUGCAGAUCUCCAUAUCUCUCAUCUACCUGGGCAUGUACACCGGCGCUGUCAACACAAUCAAUGAGGAUGGUGACCUGGAUGUGGUCGAAGGUAUCCUCUACCUCAUGACGUUUGGAUUCAUUUGCGACGAGGUGGCCAAAUUUUGGAAAGUGGGCUUUUUCUACUUCGGAUUUUGGAACGCUUUCAAUAAUGUCUUGUAUGCACUUCUGACGGCUUCGUUCGUCAUCCGAAUCAUUGCCUUGGCACAUUCACCAGAUGAGGACGAUGAGCGACGAAGAGAGCUUAACAAGCUCGGAUACCAUAUCUUCGCAGUGGCUGCACCCAUGGUCUGGAGCCGUUUGCUUUUGUAUCUCGACACGUUCCGAUUCUUUGGUGCUAUGUUGGUCAUCGUCAAGGUCAUGAUGCGCGAGUCAUUGAUCUUCUUCGCGUUACUGAUCGUGGUGUGCGUUGGUUUCUUGCAAGCGUUCAUCGGUCUAAAUCAAGUGGAAGGCAACUCGUCCAUUACCUCGUUCAUCAUCACCGCCAUGGCCAACUCGGUGAUGCAAUCUCCCGAGUUCGACGGAUUUGACGACUAUGCACACCCAUUCGGAUUGAUCUUGUACUAUAUCUUCACCUUCGUCGUCAUGGUCAUCUUGCUCAACAUUUUGAUCGCUCUAUACAACAGUGCAUAUGAGGACAUCACCGAGAACGCCAUCGACGAGUACAUGGCAAUGUUCGCACAGAAGACCAUGCAAUUCACGCGUGCACCAGAUGAGAACGUGUUCAUCGCUCCAUUCAACCUGAUCGAGCUGUUCUUCCUCAUUAUCCCCUUCGAAUGGUGGAUGGACUCGCAUCGCUACGAGCGUCUAAACAACUACGUCAUGGGCGUCAUCUACUCGCCCUUGCUUCUCAUCACGGCGGCCUUUGAAGCCCGUGAAGCACACUCAGUCCGCGACAACCGCAAACGAGGUGAAGAAGACGAUGACACAGUUGAGGAAUGGGAAGAACUCGACAGUGAAAUCGACUUCUCUGCUGACGGUUGGGACGAGAAGGUCCGCAAGAGCAAACCAAUCGUCGAGGUUGAUGCCGAUGUGGUGGAGAUCCGUGAGCUCAAGGGCGAAGUCGAGGAGUUGAAGAGGAUGAUUCGUGCGCUGAGUCCUGAAGCGGAAAGUUGA